UCUCUAGAGCUCAUUGCAACAAUGAAACUAAUUGCAAUAGUUUUGCUUAUCGCCUGUUCCCUGGCAUACAUCAGUAUUGCCGAAGCGGACUGCUGUCGAGCAUCUUUAACACUCUCCUAUAAUGUGAUUGGAGGAUAUUGUGCUGAUGCUGGCGGUCACAGUGGCACAAAAGGAUGCACGAUUACAGUUUGUGCAGAUGGCAGACCUCAGGUGGGAACGUUUUGUGGACGUGGUUCGUGCAACAUAUUUGGUUGUGCCUGUAAGGGAGGUUGCAUUACCGGGAAAUAUCUGCAAAGUUUCUAUGAUGUCAACAGAGGUCGCAAUAUCCGCGUGACCGAUAUGAGUUGGAAUUUAUAACAAAGUAUUUUUUAUUUUUUCGCACGCUCAGUUUUUAAUGCGUGGUUAUUCAAAUGUUACUCACAUAAUUUUGUUUAAACUUUAUAGGUUUUGACUCAAUAAAUUCUAAUAAUGU